GCUGAUCUGUUCAGUGUGGAAUGAGCUGCUUUAAAAAAGUUUCACCUGUUUUCAUCAUUGUUUGCUGCAUGAAUACCCUUGGAGGAAAUAGAUUAAAAUAACUAAAGGGGGAUUAUAGAUGGUGGAAAUGUGUUCCACAAGUUUAAACUAUUGUUAAUGGUAGCUUUUUCUUCCCCUGAAAAUCUCAAAUCUUUGGGCUUGAACCUAUUUUGUUUUGGUUCAUAGUGUUGCCUCACUUUCUCACCAACCGGAUGGUGAGGGUGUGUUUCCUGGUCUCAUUGGGCUGCGGAUCAGAGAGCAGCGAGGGUCAAAUAGAAUAGAAUAGAAUAGAAUAGAAAGCUUUUAUUGUCAUUGUACAGGUACAACGAGAUUUCCGCUUUCCCAUAAAGUGCACACAGCAAUAAAGUAAACGAUAAAUUACUCUGCGUCACAAGAGUCUAACACAUUUUUCUCCACAGUGACUGUCUACUCAGUGGGCAAUGGGAGUAGAAGUAUUCAGUAUUUAAGCGUGUAAAAUUCAGUGACUUUCAGCAAAGUGAGAUAUCUUACAUGACCUCUCAGUCUGGCUCAGUCUGGCUUGGACAGGGAGGUUGAUGGCUGUCCACAUUGUUGUCUUUGUCUUCAAAAUCCGUUACAAAUCCUUGUUAAAAAUGCUUUUAGGAUUUCAAGAUUUGGUUAGAUUGAGGAACAAACACAACUCAGUUAGUUUCAGGUAAAAAUCAUGAUUCAGAACCGACUGUUGAAAAACAGUCUGUAUUUGGUGCAAUACUGCCACCUUGUGGCACAUUGACUCGUGGAUAAAAUAAAAUCUGUAAAUUUUUAUCUGACAACUUGAGUUAUGGGAAACCAUUUCAGCUUUCCAGAAAAACAUUUCUGUGUUGUGUGUUUCUGUGAUAACAAGCGAACACAGUUCAUCUGCACACUUAAUCUUUUUAUCUGUCUGUCCACAACUCUGAUUCCAACAAAGAUGGGAUGAUGCGUACCACAGAGAUGAAACCAGAAAACAGUGUUUGCCAGCUCCUUUUCACAACACAACACAGUACAAAGACAAGAUGUUCGAUGUUCAAACUGAUGAAGCUGUCUGAGAGAGUCUGCGUUGUGUGCCAUGGCUCUGCAGGAGCUGGGGAUCAGCCUGUCCAUGACGGGCGUCGCUGGUACCAUCCUGAUCUGCGCUCUGCCCAUGUGGAAGGUGACGGCAUUCAUCGGCACCCAUCUGGUGGUCAUGCAGGUGUUCUGGGAAGGUCUGUGGAUGACUUGUGUCAGUGAGUACACAGGUCAGAUGCAGUGCAAGCUUUACGAUGCCCUGCUGGACUUGUCGCCGGACCUCCAGGCCGCCCGUGGCCUCAUCUGCAUCAGCCUGGUGCUGGGAUGUCUGGGAUUCCUCAUCUUCCUCCUGGGAGCUCGCUGCACCAACUGCCUGGGCCACCCGAGGGUCAAGGCUCGGUUGGUGCUGAGCUCCGGAGCCACCUUCUGCCUGGGAGCCCUCACCACCGUGGUUGCUGUUUCCUGGACGGCAAACUCCAUCAUCAGAGACUUCCACAACCCUCGUGUCCCGGAGGUGCUGAAGAGGGAGCUCGGAGCAGCCAUUUAUAUUGGCUUUGUCACAUCUGGGCUCCUGUUCUGCGGGGGAGCCAUUCUGUGCACGAGCUGCCCGCCUCAGAGGGCCCGGCUGGCCUCCGGUGGGUACACACUGGCCAGGACUCCCACACGCAGCAGCUACGCCAUCAAGAACUACGUGUGAAGUGAGAA